AUGUCUGACUCUGAUCCGCCACAGCCCUCUGUCCACCCUCGCCGCCGUCUCCCCAACCCCAAUUCCAACUCCUCCACUGUUCGCCCCCUCCUUCACCACUCUUCGAGCUACCACUCCGCCUCGCAGUCCAGCUCUCAGCCUGAGACGCCGCCCUUCACCGACGACUACUUCCAAGACGCCUUCUCCGACCUCGCCUCCGCCCCGACCGCCUCACGUCUCCGUCACUUCGACACGAUCCUGAACCCCACGAACAGCAGCGGCACAGACAGGUUCUUCUCGCCUCCGGCCUGGCCCUCUCCGCGCAGACUUCCCUCGCCAAGAGCCCAUUCGCCCGCAUUACCGUCGGGCUCUGCCUUCAGCAUGUCGGGCGCCCGGUUGCCAAACGGCUAUGUAGACCUCACCCACGACCCGUCUUCUCCGUCUUCGCCACCCCCGAAUCCUCGACGUGCACCCAAGCGCAAUACAGCCCUUCAUUCCAGUCCUGAAUCGGUCGAGGGACCCUCCACGAAGCGGCACCGGCGGAAUGACGGAACAAGCUCGCGUGUCUCAGGAACAAGAGACAGUCCCAUCGAAGAGGUUGACCUCAUAGACGACGACAACGACAAAACCGUUCUACAGAAUGCCCUCCAGAAGCAGCGGCUGGAGCAGGUGAAGGCGCAGGAACGCCCCGCCGAGAAACCGCUGAAGAUGUCGACGCUUACAUGUGUAAUUUGCAUGGACACACCGACGGAUAUCACCGCUACCUCGUGUGGUCAUUUGUUCUGCCACGCAUGCCUCAUGGAAGCGUUGAUAGCGGGAGAGAACCGAAGUGGCGUCCCAGAACCUAGACGAUCGCAGUGUCCUGUGUGCCGAAAGCUCAUCAAUCGGACCAAGACCGCUGACAUUAUUCCACUUCUCAUGAUGAGGGGUCUAGCUACUCAACCUAGGAAAUCGGCGACCCCAAAAGCGGCUUGA